CGCUCUUGGUACAAGUUCUAGGAAGACAUAUUUGGAAGUGCUGAAUGGUUUGUUUCAGUGGGCGUCUUUCAGUGCUUUCAAUAGCGGAAGCUUCAGCAAGACUCAAUGUUGUAAUCUACAAUAUGGCAGACGCAACUAAUCUGCCGUUUGUUGCAAAGAAUAGAACUGGAGACCUAUUGUAUGACACGUUUCUCAAGAAGACGUUGGGAUAUUUUCUACCCCAGUGUCUUAGAUAUGUCUCAGAAGUUCGACCAGUGGAUCCCAUAGACACCAUUGCCAGAUGUUUAUAUAAGUCUGUAGACAUCAAUUAUUACCAACAAGAAAAGAUUCGUUACUUACGAGACUUGGAGAGGGCUAAUCACAUGCUGAAGCAAUCCAAAAAUAAAAUCCUGAACAGAUUGCCCCCCAUUGUACAAGCCGCUAAGACAGAGAGGGAUGUCCUCCACAAACUGAGAGAGGAAGAGCUUCAAGACCUGCUUCACAUCUUAGAAAAUAGUGACGAUCCUCUAGACGAUGACAUCACAGCCAGACUGAACUUCCUAGCGGACAUAUUUAAUGCGCAAAUGCAAGUGAAAAGUCUGUUAACAGAAAGGGCGAAGCGUUUCCUUGUGGAACAACGUCUUGCAGAGGCGGAGAAGAAGGACGCAGCACUGAAAGCUUUGAUAAUGAAACAUAGCAAGGGAGAAAAGGCCAGCGGCUCCCUCGUUAAAGUCACAGUUUCUUCAGCAAUGUCUGAAAAAAGACACCCAGAAGAUAAGCCAUUAAGAGACAUUGAGGAAGAGGAUAAAAUGUCUUUUCCUUCUACAAAUCUGCAUGGAUCAAAAGGCAGCCUAAAAGAAAUUGAUAAGUAUUUGGAGGGAUCCAAGCAAGCAAGUGAUAUUGGCAAAAGAAGAUCCAGCUCCAAGUCGUCACUCAAAAGAACUCGAUCACAUUCCAGGAAAGAUCUUGGAAGUUCUUCAAGUACCACCAUGAAAUAUGAAGUUUUUGAUUACUAUGACUCGCGUACAGAAAUCAUUCGAAAAGGUAAAGGAAGUGUUCCAUCGUCUAAAUUGAAAGUGAAACCAGAAUCUGAGACUAACAUAGAGGAAGAAUUUGUCGACUACGACACGGAGUCAGAAGUGAUACAAUUUGUACCCAGCAAGCGAGCGCCACAUUUGGAUGAGGUAAAUGAGGAUGAUGAUGAAGCCUUGAAAGAGUUCAAAGAUAUCCUAGACAAAGGUCGCUAUGCUAUCACCAAAAAUGGUCUCUUGGCCUACGUCAGCAAGACACUUGGUGUGAUUGCCCCAAAGCCUUCCAAAUAUACGCCAUAUUCCGCAUCUGACAUGCCAGAGCAAUGGUUAAAGAAACAAUUUGCAUGUGAAUCACUCUAUGACUCAGAGUUGUAUACUGUAUGUGACUAUGGCAACCUGGAUGAUCUCUAUUCAGAUAUUGAGGAAAUUUCUUUAGCGGAAUAUAAGGCACCAGUUAUUAAAAAAUUGGGCAUGUCAAAUGUCGCGAAGAAAAAACUUGGUGUCCUAGAUCAAGAGGAAGCAGAAAAUUGAAGACUUCUGAACAGCGGUGGGCUUGGAGAACUUUGAUGCCUUUGUAAAGUAUGUCGACCUCGGAAGUGUUUUUGUUUGGACAUUUCUCUGUAGUGGUGGCCUUCAAACAUCUGAAUGUAAUCACAUGGACUGAAAAUGUUGAUAAUGAGCUCACUGAUAGAGUUGCAGAGUUUGUGCUUGACAUGUUUUUCUUCCUAGAACUGGGGAGAAGGAAAACAAUGGAAGGUGUUUCUAGAAUAGUCAAAAUAUUUGAAGCCAGAGCUCUUUAUACAUGUCAUUUGUCUUGUAUUUAGUUUUAGUGAAGUCACAAUUUGGUCAAUUUGUUUUAAUUAGAAAGGAAAACAUCAAAUAGAUUUUGAUGACUUUUUAGAUGAAUGUUGUUUUUUUUCUAAAACAUAUGAUAAUUGUGUUUGGAACCCAGAGCAACUUUUGAAUGACAAUGAUUAACAUGUGUUCAAUUUUAUACAGCUAUCUUUGAAACUAUCCUUUUUUUCUGUUUUUAUUUUAAAUAUAUUUUGAAUAUGUUUUUAAACUUAUAGAUUCUGUUUAUACAUUUUUUUUAUUUAAAAAAAUGAUAAACCUUUUAUUUUCGAUCUGA